AUGGAUUUUAUGGAGAAAAUAUUUUGUUUUAUGAGCAGAUUGUUAAUCGGAAGGGACGAGUAGAAGAGCGCAUGCCACUGUUGGUGUUGUUCAGUGCAGAUGUGAUGAGCUGUAUUUUUAAGGCAGCCGAUGUUGCAUCAAGUAAAUCACUUGAUGAAUGCCACUACAACUUCUUUAAGAGACUGACAUUGGUACUGACAGGACUUGGAACACAGGUUUGCAUACUAUGGGGCAAAGAUGAUGGACUGAAUGUUCGUCCACCCAAUUUUGCCACCUACCUAGACGUCAUUCUCACAUUUAGUCGGCAUCCCAGUCUCACUUUGGUUCAUUAUGCAAAUGCUCUGUGGAUGUUAUUCUUCAGACAUGAGCACAUCUCAAAGGACAAAGUUUUUCUCACAUUUGUUCCCAAAUGGGUGGAAUGUACUGCUCCCAAAAUCAUGAAGGUUAGCUACCCAUUGUCGCGCUGUACUAAUGUCCAUGACACUGGUGCUUAUGCAUGCCUUGAUUAUGACAGUGAUGAGGAAUUUGCCCAGUUCUUCCAUCAGUGCCGAUCAGAACUGCUUCAGACAUUCAGACAAGCCACACUGGUAGCGCCGUUGGUAACAUUUUCCUAUGUACAGAAAUGGUUGGCUACCAGAAUACAAAAAUCAAUGGCAGAACAGGGCAUUGAAUGUAAUUAUCAGUCACCUACAUAUCUGGAGUGGGAAUCCUUGUCCCAGUUACUUGAGAGUAUUCUGAGUCGUAUCUUGGUUCCAACUGAGCGUCCUAGCGUAGCUUCUGGGUUGCGCCUUCUAGAAACUUGCCUCAAUUACGAGCCGUCCGAUCCCCUAUUACUCUCGACUCUUUUAUCGUGCGUCUCGGCAUUGUUUGUGUUUCUGAGCAUGACGACGGCUGAGCGUUCAGCUAGUCUCCUUCCACGUGUACUAGACAAAAUUUUUGCAGCAUUGGUGUUUAGUCAACCAGGCCAGGCCAAAGACAGUCGCAGUAGAGUAGUGAAGAAUGUUCGUAUGCACGCGGCCAGCCUCAUGGUAAAAAUAGCCCAGAAGUAUCCACUGCUGUUGCUACCCGUGUUUGAUCGAGUGUAUGCGACGGUUCAGGGCCUAAGCAGAGAUCCAGAACAGCUUUCAAGAUUGGAGAGGGUGACUUUGCAGGAAGCUUUGCUUCUGAUCAGCAACCAUUUCUGUGACUAUGAUCAUCAGACACAUUUCAUCAGCGAGGUGAUUGGUUCUGGUGCCGAUGAAUGGAUCGCAUUGAGUUCGAGAGCAUUCGAGAGUCCCCUGGACUUCAUGACGUUUGUCGGUCUCGAUCGCCCCCCUGUGGAACCCAGCAGUGAUGAUCUGAAUGGUCAGAACCGGUCUCACAUACUGUUCUAUGUGAACCUGUUCCUGGCAGUUGUUAAACGAUGUUCAUGGCCAGAUGACCCAGAUCGAGCUUCCCGCGGGGGUUUCGUGGUGGCACAUACUGAGACGGGCAAUCCUGUAUGUCGCAACCCAGCAGCACCUCACAUUGUACCACUUAUCCCUCAUUUUCUGGCUCUGCUUAAAGUUUUUAAUGGACUUUGGACACCCACUGCUCUUGCUUCUCUAUCAGAUGGUUAUCGUGGAGCGCACAUGAUGCUGGAAUUAGAUCGCUCUAAUGUUCUUGGAACACCUUGCAGUGCUUCAUUUGUGGAUCAUGUAGAUGUCUCUCAUCCAAGGGCCCAAACACCAUUGGAACGCAUGCAGCAUUUUCUGACAAUGGUACAUGACACUACAUAUCAUAUACUGGGUAACGCAGGCCCAAGCCUUGGCAGAGACUUCUACCAGAUGGAAGGCCUUGUUCCAGAUAUUUUGAGGUCAAUGUUUUCAAAUUUAGAGGCUGUGCCAGACUACCGUCUGCGUCCCCUAGUGCGAUCAUUCCUCAAACCAUUUGUGUGUUCAUGCCCACCUGUAUGUUAUGAAUCAGUUCUGCUUCCUGUGCUGGCCCAUAUAUGCCCAUUCAUGUUCAAUCAUCUGAACAGCAAGUGGCAUUACAUUGCACAGUUAUAUGAAUCAGGUGGAAUGGAUGAAGAAAAUACUGAUACCCAAGAAAUGCUGGAAGAUAUGCUGAAUCGCACAAUCACUCGUGAGUACUUGGAUGUCUUGAAAAUGGUUCUUGUAGCUGGGAGUGCUGAAAUGGUAUACAAUGCUAUGGAGCAAGAUGAUGUGGAAUGCACACGCGUAAAUACAACCAGCAUUCAAGCAGAGGUAAUGAGUGAGCUUGGAACGCUUACUCUAAGAAAUGAAGCAACAUGUCAACCAAUUGCGUUGUGUGUUCUCAGAGCUCUCUGCUGGAAUGAUUCUACGACAAGCAUGAAAGCAACAAAUCUUGCGGGACCAAUGGUGCGUCAGCUGUCUAGUGAUGGGAGUUUAACUCCUGAUGUGGCAGCACAUAUCAUGACCUCCGUUCUACAAGCGCUUCAGCUGCAUGGGCAGCAUGAAGCCAAUUUAGGUUCACUGCUUGUUUUGGGAGCACAGCUAUAUGAAAUACUACGUCCAGCGUUCCCCAACAUCAUAGAGGUUAUGAACCAGAUACCAAAUUGCAACCCUCAGGAGUUGCAGAAACUGGAUGAGAGGAUCCUUUCCACCAAUCAGAAGGGAAACAAAUUAGAGAAAGCUAAGAAGGAUAUAUUCAAGAGACUGACCAGCCAGUUAAUUGGUCGGAGUGUAGGGCAGCUGUUUCGCAAAGAAGUUCGUAUUGCUGAAUUACCGAGAUUAGGCUUUCCACGACAAUACAAAACUCCAAGAUUGGAUGAAACAGAAGGUGAAUUGGAAUUAUGCACACUUUUUAAACAGGGUGAUCAUGAGCUCAAUUAAGAGAUGAAGCUUUUUAUUGUGGUAAAUAUAUGGAACGAUUGAACACUGUUCAUAUUUUAAACAAAUCAUCACAACCAGUUAUUUCAAAACCAAAACACUUGCUUUGAAAGAGUGAGUGUUAAAAACCUGCAGAAAAAUGUCUGCUAAAAUACAUGUAAUAUGUAAUUUUGAGAGUUAUGUCCAUAGUUGUAUUCUAGGACUUUUACAUAGUUGAUGAUUACCGUUUGAAUAUCCAGUUGAGAAAGAUUAAUUUGGAGAGUGAAUGAGGUAUUUUGAUUUCCCAACUUUAGAUAUUUACUUUUUUUUUUUUGUCUUUGAUUUUUGCAUUUAAUUUAACAUGGAAGAAUAAAAAAAGACUGAUUUGUCAAAUAACAUUGUUUCCUGUUCCAACUGCUGAAGGCCUUACAUAAUUGUGACCAAAUUAACAUUUCUUUAUGUACUUGUGUGUGUAAAACAGUCCUACAUUUACAGCUUUCCAACAUGUUUGGAGAUGUUUGUAUAUAUGUGUUGUAAGUUCUUGAGGUUGUCUGAUUUAUUUUUUCUUGAGAACAUAUUUUUUAUACAAUUCUUUAUUGCGAUCAUAAAACAUUAUGUCAGACUAUUUAAAAUUUUCACAUUUGUCAACACAGUGCAUGACAUAUGUUGUGUUCUGGGAUGUCACACCAUGUAAUAUGGCAUAUAUGAUCAGUGUUUCAUCAGGAUGAUGAUGAAGGCAGUAGUGGCAUCUGUAAUUUCAGUCGGUAUCUGCUAGACCGUAAAUAACUGUAAAUAACACGACCGAAAGAAAAAUCAAAAGUAUCCUCCAGACAGUGUUAUUUAUGUUAAUCCUUUACUCAGUCAUGUGGUAUGGAAGUCUUUGCACAAGUCAACAUCACAGUCUAUGUGGUGUGUUCAUGGCUCUCCUUCACAGUUCGCUGCAGCAGAGUGUAUUUGUUACAGCAGUGCAAUCUGUACCAUAAUAUUUGUUUUCUACCAUGACCCUGCUAUUUCCUGUUGAGUUCUUAAAUGAGGAAGUCCUUUAUGUAUUAUCAGAUUGGCAGUGCUAUGCCUGAAUUACGACGGAGACAUGUCAAAUCCAUAAAGAUGAUGUUCUGGAUUUUGGUGCCAUUUAGACUCAUAAGCAGAUGGCAAAAUUUUUGAGAAAUGUACCAUCUCCAUCUAAAGGGCUGUAGUAGCAAUACUCGGAUAUGUAAGGAUUUAUAUGGGGUUAGAGAAAAGGAAGGCUCGAGGUGAGGGCAAAUCAGACAAAUUAAUUUUUUUCAGUGAAGGAGGGCAUUAUGUUCUUGGAGGUAUGCCCUGAAAAGGGCCAAUUCCUUCUCUCUCUCUCUCUCUGACUUCGUAAAUCCUAAAUCGUUCCACUUAUCAGAAUCGAUACUACAGCCUGAAGAUGGAGACAUGGUGCCUAAACUCAGAAGAAAGAAUAAGUGCACGUCUAGCAUCCCCUAUGUCACUGGAACAAACCUCCCGGCCCCACCACUGAUGCUGAUUGUAAAGCACUAAAAUUGGAAGGUAUUGUUUGACCAUUAUCUUUCCGUCUAUUAUUUUAAUGACUACACAUUUUGACCAACUCCAUCAUCAUCCACUGCCAUUAAAGUAACUAGAAAUGCAUGUUGUGAGGAGAGAAAAUAAAAUUAACACUUUUUUCCUCAUAUUUAUGGGGGCAGAAAUCACAUGAUGUGAAAGUUGUAGGAGUGGAUACGGGAUGAUAGCAAUUCUUCUGAUAUUACAGACAUGAAAUUUUUAAUUUAAUUUAAACAAGUAGAGCUUCAGUUCAACUGGCUGCCACAUCAAAAUAUUCAUUAUUUUGAGUGUCACUGAAAGGCAUGCGAGUCCUAUGAAGAAAAUUUAUUUUAAUUUAGUAAUGGCCCAAACCUGAACUAUACACUUUAUUACAGAAAUGUUAGUGGAGUUUAUAACUUAAUUAAUUGUGUGAAGCUUGGAACUGUAUUAGUCCUCACCCAUACUUUUGAUUCUUUAAGUUUGUGAUUUCAUGUGUAAAUGUGUUAAAAAUUUGUGUUUAUAGGUGGGCACAGAAGAAAAAUAAAUCAUAGUUUUGUUUUGAUGUGUAUGCAUAUACAUUUAUGUGUGAGGACCAAAGCACAUGCAUGUACAGUGCAUUCAGUGAUGAAUCGGAAUGCAGCUGUCACUUCCCAGCUCAUUUUCAGCCCCUCUUAUAACAAAUAAAUUGAGUAUUGUUUUAAUGGAAUGAUACUUGCCUCAUAUUGGGAAAAUCUUGUAGCACAUGGUGAGUCAUGCAGUUUCUGCUGGGAGCUGGAGAGAGAUGUGUGUUCCAGUUUAUUGAGGAACAGGUAUUUCCCAGCCACUGCUAUGAGUAGAUGGUUACAUGUUAUGUUUUGUUUCACAGUAACCAACAGGGGCUGUUAUCUUUGGUUAUAUGGUGAGAAUUGUAGAAUGUGUAUUUGUAUUUUCCAGUUACAAUAAAAGAAACUUGUAUGUCA